GGUCACCAUCACUUCCUCGAGAAAGCGCAUCCGCCUUUGAAGUUGCGCGUGUGGCGUAGAGCAGGUGGCACUGUUCUUGGAUUAAAGACCAGCCUUCGCGAACCACUUCACUCCGAAACGAUGUGGAAGUCAGUGGUGGGUCACAAUGUGUCCAUGAAGGUGGCGUCCGAAGGGGACGACUGGGAGACGGACCCUGAUUUUGUGAAUGAUGUGUCUGAGCAGGAACAAAGAUGGGGUGCGAAGACCAUAGAAGGCUCUGGACGAAAAGAACACAUCAGUGUGGCGGCCUUGAGGGAGAAGGUGUCUCAUGAGCACGAGGUGGGGAAGAAGAAGGAGCUGGACAGCGGCCCCAAGGCGUCUUACGGCUACGGCGGGAAAUUCGGGGUCGAGAAUGACCGCAUGGACAAGGCAGCAGUGGGGCAUACCUAUGUGGCAGAGGUACAGCAACACUCGUCCCAGACCGAUGCGUCGAGAGGGUUUGGUGGGAAGUAUGGCGUGCAGAAGGAGCGAGUGGACAAGUCAGCCAUGGGCUAUGACUACAAGGCAGACGUGAAGGAUCAUGCCUCACAGAAAGACCACUCGAAGGGCUUUGGGGGAAAGUAUGGAGUGGAGAAAGAGAAAGUGGACAAGGCCGCUAUGGGCUAUGACUACAAAGGAGAGACAGAGAAACACCAGUCUCAAAAAGACUACUCCAAGGGAUUUGGGGGCAAGUACGGAGUGGAGAAAGAGAAGGUUGACAAAGCAGCCUUGGGUUACGACUACAAAGGAGAGACAGAAAUGCACCAGUCCCAGAAAGAUUAUGCCAAGGGCUUUGGAGGACGUUAUGGUGUUGAGAAAGAUCGCAUGGAUAAGAGUGCAGCCACUUUCACUGACAUGGAGUCGCCAACGUCAGCCUAUGAGAAGACUCAACCACUGGAGGCCUCCACUGCCAGUGCCGGAGCGGGGAACCUUAAGGCCCGUUUUGAAAACAUGGCCCGCGCUUCGGACGAUGAGAACCGCAAGCGUGCCGACGAGGAGAAGGCCAGGAGACAGGCCAGAGAGAAGAGGGAGCAGGAGGACUCCAAACGCAGACAGGAGCAGAUGAGUAGGGAAGAGUCAAAGCCUGCUCCACCACCACCUGCAGCAUCAGCACCAAAGCCGCCACAGCCCAAGCAGCAGAUGCCCCCCUCCGUACCGGCAGCCAAGAAGCCCUCUCCCUCUCCCUCUCCCCCUCAGCUGCCCUCCAGGGCUCUACCCCCCUCCCCAAGACAUGAGCCUGCACCGGAGGAAGAGGAGCAGCUGGAGUACGAGGAGCCCCCCUGUCUACCCCACCGCCCCACAGACCUCCUAGAGGAGGCCGAGGCAGCCGCACAGCCUCCCGAGCUGGAGGACGAUGCUGAGGGGGAGUAUGAAGACGUCGGGGGCCCCUGCAACCUCCAGCCAGAGGAGGAAGAUGAGGCCGAGUAUGAAGACAUUGGGGUGGCCUGUGCCCCGCCAGUGCCAGCCGGUCAGCACCAUGCAGAGGAAGAGGAGGAUGGUGAGGCAGAGUACGAAGAUAUUGGCUUGGCUAAAGCUCAAGCUGAAGAUGAUAAUGAAUACGAAGAGCUGCCAGCUGGGACCACAGCCACUGCCCUGUAUGACUACGAAGGCCAGGACGACGACGAGAUCUCGUUCGACCCCGGUGACAUCAUCACCAACAUCGAGAUGAUUGACGAGGGCUGGUGGAAAGGCACCUGCAAGGGCCGCACCGGCCUCUUCCCAGGAACCUAUGUGGAACUCAAGUGA